AUGCCCGCCCAAGAUCCCAACGUCAAGGCGACCUUCCAGCCUACAUUUCCUGAGAAACUGCUGGUCGGAAGCUAUCACCUCAUCAACAAGUUCAUUCCAUGGCACAAGCUGCCAAGCAUUCUCGGUGCUCUCAAUCUUGAUGCCCUGCGCGUCGAGUUGCGACAGUACAACCUGUACGAUGGCUACGCUGCCGGCGAGUCACAAGGCUCUAGCAAGUCGGACCCGACACCAAGACGAUUCGAGACCGCUCGCAAUUCUGAGGGCAAGUAUAAUGACACAGCACACCCACAGAUGGGAUGUUCCGGCAUUCGCUUUGGCAGAAACUUUCCUCGCGAACUGACACCGGCGCCAAGCGAAGAGUCGCUUCGGAAUCCAGAUCCGAGGAUGCUGAGCGAAAGAUUCAUGAAGCGGCAUGAAUUCAAGCCAGCGACGACUCUGAACCUACUGGCGGCCGCCUGGAUCCAGUUCCAAACCCAUGACUGGUUCUUCCAUGAAAGUAGUGACGAGAACAUCGACGUUCCUCUUUCUGAGAGUGACUCGUGGCCACAUGGCAAGAUGGAGUUCCCCAAGACAAAGCCUGACGAGGUUCUCAGCCCGCUCGACACAGAUGCCCAGGCUACAAGAAUACCAACACGGCUUGACGGGAAGCUAUUGCUCCAGAAAGACGGCAGAGAGAGCUUCCUACCUCGUGACGCUGAAGGCAACGUACUGACAGGCUUUUCGAAUAACUGGUGGAUCGGAAUGGAAAUGCUUCACACUCUCUUCGCCAUGGAACACAACACCAUCUGCGACAUGCUCCGCAGUAAUCAUCCAGAUUGGCCUGGCGACAAGGUCUUCGACACUGCUCGCCUCGUGAACUGUGCACUCAUGGCCAAGAUCCACACUGUCGAAUGGACACCAGCCAUCCUCGCUCAUCCCACCCUCAAGCUCGCACCUCGGUCGCAUCUCGAAGACCUCGGAGCCAUCUCCGGUAUACCAGGCUCCGGCGUCAAUCAGUUCGGCGUCCCCUACAGCAUGACCGAAGAAUUCGUCUCAGUGUAUAGGAUGCAUUCCCUCAUCCCUGACAGCAUUGCCUUCUUCGAGUCAUCCUCGGGCGAGCACAAGUCCACUAUCCCCACAUCCGAAACCCUCUUUACCAACGCCCAACACCCUCUCGACUCCGGCCUGUCCUUCGCAGACACAUUCUACAGUUUCGGCAUCAACUAUCCCGGCGCCAUCACCAACAACAACUACCCAGCCUUUCUCCGCGAUCUUACUCUCCCCGACGGCACACACCGCGACAUGGGCACGGUCGACCUUCUGCGCGACCGCGAACGUGGCGUGCCCAGGUACUGCAAUUUUCGUCGCCUCCUCCGCAUGACUGUGCCAAAGACAUUCCUCGAACUUACCGGCGGCAACCAGAAACUCGCAGACGAGUUAGCGGAUGCAUAUGACAACAACAUCGAGCUUGUCGACGCACUCGUCGGGUCUCACUCAGAGCCAUUGCCGAAGGGCUUUGGCUUCAGCGAUACUGCCUUCCGCAUCUUCAUCCUCAUGGCGAGCAGGAGGUUGAAGAGUGAUCGCUUCAUCGCUGGAGAGUGGAACGCAGAGACCUAUAGCAAAGAGGGUUUGGAUUGGGUGCAGAACACAGGGAUGAAAGAUGUGCUUGGACGUCAUUUUCCGGGGUUGAAGGAGGUGUUGAAGGAAAGUGAGAAUGUGUUUGCGCCGUGGAAGAUGAUGCAGGGGAGUAGAGGGUAUGGUGGGAUCGAAACGAACGCGCCGAAGACGAAGUAA